UUUCUUCUUUCUCUUACUUUUGUUAUAUUUACGCAAUGGAAAACUCUGAAGGCAGACUCGUUGAUAUCUACAUUCCUCGCAAGUGUUCCGCUACCAAUCGUUUGAUUGUUGCCCAUGACCACGCUUCUAUCCAAUUGAACGUUGCUGAUGUAGAUGCUGAAGGUCGUGCCACCAACUCUUUCUCUACCUAUGCCCUCUGUGGUUUCGUCCGUAAGGAAGCCGAAGCUGAUGACUCCAUCAACCGUCUCGCCACUCAAGAUGGCUACUUGAAGAAUGUCUGGUCUUACCAACAAUAGAUCAAUCUACAAUUUUUUUUUGUAUACUGAUUUAUCUUCUUCCGUGGUAUCACUUUAUUGAAAGAUUAGUUUUACAUUCAUUGUCUUUGAUGAAAUAAAGAAAAAUGAAUUACAAAUA